CUGUCCCUCUCCCCCUCCCCGUCUCUCCCCCCCCUGCCUCCCCCCUGCCCGCAGUGCCGCAGCCCGGGAUGUUUGCCCGGGAUUCCCGGUGUGGUUGUUGCCCCCUGAAUGAGGAGAACGGGCGCCUGGUGCUGCUGGCGGCCCUAUUGGCGGUGUACCUGGUGUGCGGGGCAGCGGUGUUCUCGGCCAUCGAACAGCCCAAGGAGCGGGAGGCACAGCGCCGCUGGCUCCACGCCCAGAGCAACUUCAGCCGCCGCUACAACAUCAGCGGCACCGAGCUCCGCCGCUUCCUGCGGGACUAUGAGCAGGCCAAUGUGGCGGGAGUCCGGGUGGAUGAGACCCGGCCCCGAUGGGACUUCACCGGCUCCUUCUACUUCGUGGGAACCGUGGUCUCUACAAUCGGUUUCGGGAUGACCACACCAGCCACGGUCAGCGGGAAGGUAUUCCUGAUCUUCUACGGCCUGGUGGGCUGUGCUGCCACCAUCUUGUUCUUCAACCUGUUCCUGGAGCGGCUGAUCACCGUGCUGGCCUACGUCCUGAAGAGCUGCCAUGAGAGGAGGCUGAGGCGCAGGGGGGUGCUUCCUCAUGAAAACUGCCCCGAGCCGGGCACCGCCGCUGCUGAGGUGGACAGCCUGGCGGGCUGGAAGCCCUCCGUCUACUACGUCAUGUUGAUCCUGGGUCUGGCCGCCAUCGCCAUCUCUUGCUGUGCUUCCGCCAUGUACACGCCCGUGGAAGGUUGGAGCUACCUGGACUCCAUCUACUUCUGCUUUGUGGCUUUCAGCACCAUUGGCUUCGGGGACCUGGUGAGCAGCCAGAACAUGAGGUACGACUACCAAGGGUUCUACCGUUUCGGCAACUUCCUGUUCAUCCUGAUGGGGGUGUGUUGUAUUUAUUCCCUGUUCAACGUCAUAUCCAUUGUCAUCAAGCAGUUCCUCAACUGGAGCCUGAGGAGGUUGGAGUGCCAGUGCUGUGUCCGGUGCCAGAGGAGGCUCCUCAGGCCCGGGAGGAACGCCGUGGCUCCCGGGCUGUCCAGGCGGAAGAUCUCCAUCGAGACAGACGCCUUCAACGAGAGCGAGACGGUGGAUGGGGGCAGGCGGCUGUCUGGGGAGCUGAUCUCCAUGAGGGACCUCCUGGCCUCCAACAAGGUGGCAUUGGCCAUCAUGCAGAAGCAGCUGCUGGAGACGGCAAACGGCCACCCCAGGGCGAGCGGGCAACACCCACAACACCAUCACCACCAUCACCCCCGGCACAACGGCUUCUCCGAGGGGGUGGGUGCCCUCGCCAUUAUGAACAACCGCCUGGCAGAAACCAGUGUGGACAGAUAGAGGGAGCGACACUUCCCCUGCCAGCCCCUCCCUUCACACUCUGCACCAAUCCCGGCACAAUAUCGACCACAGCCUUAAAGACUGCCUAGCUCUUUUUUUUAUUUAAAAAGAAAAAUAAAUUAAAUAUUUCUGGA